CGGGGCGAGAGCAUCGGUGCGUUGCUCGCACCUACCGGCCGCGCUGGGCUCCGGGGUCCGACGUCGGAGCUCCCCGGAGAAGUCGGCCUCCCUCUGCGGUUCCCGGCGCCGGCCUGGCCCGGCGUGGGGCCUUCGCGGCCGUGCUCCUUCCCGCCAGCCCUGGACUAGUGAGUUGCAGGUGACUGAAGUUUCAAGCUGCAGAAUGCAUAGCACCCUACAAGGUUGGCCAUGAUGAACACACUGCAAUUAAAGGAAGCUAAGGUCCUGGAUGUUCAGUUUGUGGGAGAUGAUGAUGUUCUCAAUCACAUUUUUGAUAGAGAAGGAGGAACUAAAUUAAAGAAGGAGAAAGCUCAGCUUUUAGUCAAUCCACAGAAAAUAAUAAAGAAGCCAGAACGUGAAUUGGAGAAGAGUGACCAGGAAGUCUUAAAGGAUCAGAACUAUGUGGAAGUUUUGGGAAGAAAUAUUCAAGAAUCCUUGAAAAAUGGCUCUUCUGUAGAUGGUAGAAAUAAAGUUUAUUCUUUUCAACAUAGAAAACACUCUGAAGAGAUGACUAAAUUAGCUCUAGAAAUAGCAAAAAAGCCAAGAAAAAUUGUUGACUCAAAGAAUGUUCCUGAAAUUAUGAAAAACGCUCAGAAAAGCAAGGGGCAGUCUACUUCCGAGAAAGUUCAGCUGGAGAGCAAUAACAAAACUGAAUUUCUGUCAACACCACCUCGUAGUCUAAGAAAAAGAAUAAUUGUGCCAGCGUCUCAUUGCGACAGUGAUAGUGAAUAUUCUGCUUCCGACUCAGAGGAUGAGGAGGAGGAGGACACCAACGAGCUUGGGCUCUCUCGGAAGAGUCGGGUGCAGAGUAGAGGACUUGCAGCGCCUGUUUCCAAAGGGACCCCAGCUAAGAAAACGAAAAGAGACAAAACAAGUGACUUGGUAGAAGAAUAUUUUGAAGCCCAUAGUAGUUCAAAAGUUCUAACAUCUGACAGAACCCUGCAGAAGCUGAGGAGGGCUAAACUGGACCAGAAAACUCUACGAAACUUAUUAAGCAAAUUCUCGCCUGCCUUUUCUGCUGAAAUUGCACAGUUAAAUCAACAGCAUGAAAAGUUGUUUCGUAAAUGGAUGCUACAGCUACGCCUUGGGUUCAACAUUGUGCUUUAUGGUUUGGGGUCCAAGAGAGAUUUACUAGAAAAAUUUCGAACCACCAUGCUUCAAGAGUCCAUUCAUGUUGUCAUCAACGGCUUCUUUCCUGGGAUCAGUGUGAAAUCAAUCCUGAAUUCUAUAACUGAAGAAGUCCUCAAUCAUAUGGGCACUUUCCAGAGUGUUCUGGAUCAGCGAGACUGGAUAAUAAACAAAUUUAAAGAAGAUUCCUCUUUAGAACUCUUCCUCCUUAUCCACAACUUGGAUAGCCAGAUGUUGAGAGGAGACACCAGCCAGCAAGUUCUUGGACAGCUGUCGUCUUUGGAGAACGUGUACCUUUUAGCGUCUAUUGAUCACCUCAAUGCUCCUCUCAUGUGGGAUCAUGCGAAGCAGAGUCUGUAUAACUGGCUUUGGUAUGAAACGACGACAUACAAUCCUUACUCUGAAGAGACGUCCUAUGAGAACUCCCUUCUGGUUAAACAGUCUGGAUCUCUGCCGCUUAGUUCUCUGAUUCAUGUCUUACGAAGCCUUACCCCCAAUGCAAGGGGGAUUUUCAGGCUCCUUAUCAAGUUCCAGCUGGAUAACCAGGACAGCCCUUCCUACAUCGGACUUUCUUUUCAAGACUUCUACCAGCAGUGUCGGGAGGCCUUCCUCGUGAACAGUGACCUCACGCUCCGGGCCCAGCUGACUGAAUUUCGGGAUCACAAACUCAUCAGGACCAAGAAGGGAACUGAUGGUGUGGAAUAUUUAUUAAUUCCCGUCGACAGCGGAACAUUGGCUGACUUCUUGGAGAAGGAAGAGGAGGAGGCUUAGACUGUCUCCUUUUAGGUGGAAAAGUCAUCGAUGUCCCCAGCUGCUGCUCCUCUAGCAAGAAUGCUGGUUUGCAUCCAGCAUUAGAUCAUUCUGUCCAGCAGACAAGAGUUACUAGUGAAGGGCCGCAUCAUCGAUUUGAACCUCGAUUAGCCUGGCUGGUGUGCUGUAUCUAAUGCUAUGCAGUGGUCAUCGAGUUGGGAGGGAAAUGUGCCUUUAACUUAUUACUUCUCUGGAGACUUGAUGCUGGGUGAACAGUAUGCUCAGGGAUUAUUGGGAAGUGGAUAUUUUUGGAUUAUUUUAUAUGGAAUGCUAAUCCCUAACUUUUGAGGGCAGUUUAACUCCCCGAGCUGAAUUACUACAAGUGCACUUGUUUCAGAUCAGUACGAAGAGGGGGUCCCACGGAACUUAGGAGGAAGGAGGUGGGUCGUCCGCUUUUUCUGAAAUGAUGAAAACAUUUCAGAAGUCUCUCCCUGCGGACUUAGGCUGUCUCAACUGAGACAGUGGGAGAAAUGCAAGGAAUAGAUAGGGCAUGUGCCCAGCCUCGGAAGCACAUUUAAAAUAGUUAGUAUUUAUACCAUGACCUUGAUUUUUAUGAUACAAAUGAGAAGUCAGACUAAGAAAUAAAAUCCUGAUUUACAUGCUAGUAAUUGUUUUCAGGAAAAUAGAAAAUAAAAAGAUUUCCUUAUUCUUGUACAUUAACGUUUAUUUUCUUACAUAGCACCAGGCCAGCAUAGCUGGCCCAGGCCUUUCCUGCCACCAUCCAGGAGUCAGAGGCAGGCAGACUGCUUCCCUCCUUUCAGAAGAACAGUAGCAAGACAUGAGCUCACAUUUGUAAUCCGACACAGGAAGACGGAGGCAGGGAAAGAGGAGGUCUAGCCCAGUCUGAGCUACAGUGAUGCCCUGCUUCAGCAAACAUUCAAUAAAUACACAGUGACACACAGGA